AUGCCUACUACCCGCGUGGGCUACCUUCACACCGAACAAACCGGCCUUGGCGCCCAAUUCAUCUUUAUCAUCCCAGUUUCUCUUCCUCCUAUCUCCCUCUUCCUCAAGCCUUCGUACACGAGUCCGGACACGUGCAAGGCCCAGCUCGCGGCAGACAGCUCUAAACAGCCAGACAUCUACUUAUACAUUUCGCGUUAUGUCUGCUUGUGCUCGGUGGAUUAA